ACGGCAAGUUUCCGAAACAAAGUUUGAUACUAAGUCAUGACGAUCCACUCAGAUGGAGAACAAUUGCAUCAUGCUCUCCAUAUAUCUCCCUAAGUUAAGAAAUCAUGAAAGAGCAGCUUUCUCAUCCUUGAUCCUCGCUCAAAGAAUUUUCUUCAAUUGUUCCUUGCCGAACUUCAGAAACAGCGAUCACAAGCAUACUCACCAUGGCUCAGAACGUCCCCGAGAACUACGUGCCACUCUAUGCUACCCAUGACGAAUGGCAGGACAAAGAACUUCAACAAUUUGCGAUUGACUUCUAUCGCAUCUCGGACAACCCUGAAGAGAAUCAGCGUUGGGUAGACUCUUUCACGGAAGACGCAAGCGUGCAGAUUGGCGCUGACAAGGCGCGCGGCUCAAAAGAUCUGGUCGAAUUCCGAAGUCGGAUGUGGAAGCACAUCAAAGAGCGCAAACACACGGUUCUCAAAGUCUUCCCCGGGCGAUUCUCCGACUCAAAUGAGUGCAUGAUUCUGGGAGAAGUCAGCGUUACCACGACAGAUGGACGGCUCAAAGAGGCUGCUUGGUCGGCACAUGCAGUCGUCAGGAAGGUUGAUGGGCAGUGGAAGUUUAGCCAAUACCGCGUCUGGCUGCAGACUGAUGGACAUCUGCUGUGAAAAUAAUGUCCUACAAAGAUGACGGAACCAACCAAAAAAAAAAAAAAAAGCAAGCAAAAAUGAAUUUAUGCAUAGCCUUUAGUUAUUCAAUGUCAAGCAGGUCGCUCAGAGAGCAACUGUAAACAGCUUCACCCAACCGGAUACGUCAUCAAAGGCUCGUGGGAGAUGUUGACUUUUGCGGAGUAGAAUCGACAAAUGCCGAAGAAUACCGUUGUCGAAUGGUAAAGCUGGGAUCAACACACGCUGAUUGAUGGGAGCUCUGUCAGGGAGAGCCAAGGAUAGAAAUACUAACGACACACCCAAGAGGCCAUUCAGGUGCCAAUCUAAUCCUCACUGUAGCAGCGCAGCGUUUCCUGAGCUAAGCCAAGGUUCACGGUCCCUUGCUUUGAGUGCUAAAUCUGGGAUAUCAGCGUGUCGCCCCCUGGUGAUUAGAGAGGUACGGCCAUGCUGAUGGCGUAAAUGGCAUAGCUCACCUGACCCAUGAUCACGGCGUAG